AUGCUUCGAGUCUUUACUUCCGCUCUUUUGCUCGGUCUCCUCACCCAGGUGGUGCUCUGUCAGGACACUAACCUAAGGGAGGUAAAACAAGCAUUCGACGACGCUAACAUUCCGGAAGAUAUCGAUCUCCCGUUUGACCCUAUGUUCCUCCUUGAAGUUUCGUUCCCCCAAACAUUAGGCCCUGCGAUCGUACUCAAGGCGGGCGUCCAGCUUCCUCGCAAUGCAACCGUCGGACCGCCUUUAUUUGCCAUCUCUGGAUACGGCAUCAGGGAUGGGCCCUUUGUCAUCGCAACUGUUGACCCCGACGCUCCCACUCCGCAGAAUCCAACGAAUGCCCAAAUUCGGCACUUCCUCGGAGGAAACUUCGAACCAUCCCGCCGCUCUCCAGGUCGCGCCGUCCUAACGAACACGACGGCAGCUAUUUCGGACUGGCGUCAGCCUACCCCUCCUGCUGGUUCCGAUGCUCACAGAUAUAUUUUCCUGGUGUUCAAUCAGCCACAGGGCUUCAAUGACCAGACUCUCGUCAACGCUACUACACCUGUCGCACUGUUCAACAUCAGCGCCUUUGGUGAAGCGGUUGGCCUCGGAAGUCCCAUUGCAGGAACGUUCAUGUUAGUGGCUCCAGAUCCCGCGUAG